GCGGGACUUUUGAGACGGCCCAUGGUGCGAGGUUUGAUGGACUGAGUGUCUUGGCGUAUUUUCCGUCAGAACGCUGGUCUCACCUGAACGGAGAACACACAUACCGGUCUCGCUAGCAAGGAAUGGAACAUGAAUGAUUCCAGCGACAACAGUAGCGAUCCGUUGGCCAAUCUUACGGGCCACACUUCGAACCAUGACGGUGCUGGUCGAGCAGACGUUAUUCUUUUCAUUUUUGCCAGCUGUGCAUUUGGAGCCCUUGUUCGUCAGAUUAUCCGGAGCAUAAAGAUUGCUCUACCCUACACAGUGGUGCUGUUGCUGCUGGGCAUGUUAUUUGGCCUUGUGUCCAAUAAGGUUCCAGAUAUGCAGCGCUUUGUGUCCAUCGUGGAUACAAACCCACAUGUCAUUCUCUUCGUCUUCCUGCCAGUGCUCAUAUUUGAGUCAGCCUUUGCCAUGGAGGUGCACACAUUCAAGAAAUGUUUCUUCCAAGUUCUGCUGCUGGCAGUACCAGGGCUUGCCCUGAUGGCCCUGCUGACCUGCAUCCUGGCACUGUACCUGUUUACCUACGACUGGGACUGGUACAUCUGCAUGAUGUUUGGCUCCAUCCUCAGUGCAACAGACCCCAUCGCAGUUGUAGCCAUUCUCCGAGACAUUGGUGCCUCCAAGAAACUGGCCAUGGUUACUGAGGGGGAGUCUCUAUUGAAUGAUGGCGCUGCCAUCGUCCUGUUCAAAGUAUUUCUGAACCUUGCCACAUCCACCACACCAAGUAACGGAGGGCAGAUUAUCCUUUCCUUCCUGCAAGUGUCACUAGGAGGUCCGGCGUUUGGGUUGCUCAUGGCCAAGCUCACCCUGUUUUGGCUGUCUCGGAUCUUCAAUGAUGCUCUGGCCGAGAUAACCAUUACACUGGCCUCAACCUAUAUCACAUUCUAUGUUGGUGAGGAGUUCCUGGGUGUGUCAGGAGUUCUGGCUGUGGUGGUGUUGGGAGUUGUGAUGAGCAGUAAGAGAACCAGUAUCAGCCCUGAGGUGGAGACUUUCUUACACAGGUUUUGGGAGACUCUGGCCUAUUUGGCCAACACCCUUAUCUUCAUCCUGGUGGGCGUGAUCAUCUCGGAGAAGGUCAUCUACAAGAUACAUGGCACCGACUGGUUCUUCAUGUUCGCUCUCUACUUUGGCCUCAACGUCAUCAGAGGGCUGGUAAUAGGUCUGAUGUGCCCUAUACUGCAACGCAUUGGUUAUGGGAUGACGUGGCAGGACGGGUUGGUGUUGACAUGGAGCGGCCUGCGAGCCGUAGGGCUCACCUUAGCACUGCUGGUGUGGGAGGACCCCCACUUGGAUCAGGACACUGUCAGACACAAGGUGCUGAUUCAUGUGGCCGGGGUCGUGUUUCUGACGCUGCUCAUCAACGCAACCACCAUCCACCCUCUCCUCAGGCUCCUUGGCAUGAGUGACGUAUCUUCAGCCAAGAGAAUGGCCAUGGCAAGUGCUCUGCGCUUUAUUCAGGACCUCCGACAGAAAACACUGAACAUGCUGAAAACUGACAGGUUUCUGGCGGACGCCGACUGGGAGAUGGUUGAGAAGGCGUGUGAGAUCGAGGACCCUUACAAGACAACAAGGGAGGAGGCUGACCUUGAUGAGUCCCUCUUGGAAAUCCGACCCAACUCAGUGUGUCCAGAAUGUCAGUGCUCCCUGCCCAGUCAGCCCACACAGAAGGAGCUUCGUGAUAUGACCAAUGAGGCAAUACUUAGAAUGUUGAAAGCUGAAAAGCUGAGCUACUGGCGGCAGUUUGAGCAGGGCAUGCUGUCACGGGAGGCGGUGAGGAAGUUGCAGGAGUGUGCGGAGUGUGCUGCCGACAUAAAGGGAACGUUCAUUGAUGUCGAUGAGGUGAAGAAGUCAUGGGAAGUGCCAUCAUUGCUCCUUCGAGUUAAACGUAAACUGAAAGAAGUGAUCCGCAAGCGGCCAGUGAACACCCGAAGUGACGUUCCCCAUACAGAGCUACUGCAUCAGAUUACCACACACUGGGUAUUCAACAUAGUCAUCUACGUCCUCAUUGGCUUCGACACCAUCAGCUCAACACUAGCCAUCGUGGCAGAAUACAUCCUCAUCUUUGCAGAUUAUAAAAUCAUACUUCAGCUGUUUAAUGUGUUCUUGGUCCUUGUGUACAUAACUGAGGUUAUACUGAAGCUAAUCACACAAGGGAGAUCCUACCUCAGCAUUAUCUGGCAGGUUCUCAGUCUCUUCAUCAUUGGCCACGGUAUCAUUGAUGCCAUUCUGCAGUUCUCCCUGGCAUCACUGGACACCGGCCAAAACAAACCCGUGCGGGAUGCCCUUGUUGUCUUCAUCGUCCUACGGGCUAUCAGGCUCUUGAGACUUGUAGAGCCGCUGCUACCGUUCAUCCUGAUGAUGGUGAAAACAAGGAUCAGCUUGCAUCUGAGCUAUGGCUAUGACUUAGGGCGGGGCUUUGUGGCAGGCGAGGACGAGGUCCGGAAGCUGAUAGACCAUAUGGUAGACAGCAAGGACAUCGCCAAGCAGCUGAAGGGGCAUGUGGAUGACGGCAGGCUGGAGGUCAUCAGAUGUCUUGGGCUGCUGCAAAAGCAGCACCCAGACAUAGCGCUGUCGGCCAAGACACGUCAGGCUAUCCGUAGCGUCCUCAACAACCUGCGCGACGGCAUUCAUGAGCUGUGGGAGGAUGGCGUCCUACAGGAGGCGGAGGGAGAGAAACUUAAGAAGAUGGUGGAGAUAAAGAUGAAGCGACUGCUAAAUGCCCCGCCCACCAUCCCUCUCCCAGAACCCGAGAAGAUGCUGAACAGCGUCACCUGGAUGCAGAAUGAUGAGAAACUCAUAGACUACAUGAAGAGUCGAGCCAAGCUGGUGUCCUAUGAUUAUGGCGACAUCAUCCUGAAGCAGGGCGAUCCCACCAGUGGCAUCUUCAUCAUUGUGUCGGGAAUGGUCCGGCUGGAGACCAGCAUCAAGCAGAAGGCCACAUCGUCACACAAGAUACACUCUCUCGCCGAGACCAAGAUCAUCGACUUCAUGACAACCGGCAACAUCAUAGGAGAAAUGGGGCUCCUGACACAGAGACAGAGAGUCGCAACAGUCAGAUGUGACACAGCAGUGCAGCUCCUGUUUAUCAGUUCGGAGGACAUGGAACAAGGUAUUAUAGAGUUUGCCGAUUCUGAGCCAUCACUGGAGUACCGUCUGUGGAAGGUCUGUGCAAUCCGUCUCGCUACCGGUGUUCUCAUGGACCAGCCCGGCUAUCAGGGUCUGACGAAGGAAAAAAUCAAACUGAGACUAGAGAACGCAUACCUGACCGACAUCCGAGAUGGCAUCAACUUUACUAUAGACUCUUCCAUGGCCGAUGUGGUGCUUGUCAAUGGGUUUGCCCAGAAUGCCUACACACGGGAGCCUUUUGUGGGGCCAUGCUACAUUCCAUGGACAGUGCUCAAACUCAACUUGCAGCCUGAGAAAGGUCCAACUCCAAUUGUCCUUGUGGUCCCGAGUGAGCUUGGCCAAGUCGCCCCAGUAGCAGAGCGGCGCCUGUCAGCUCACGACAUCCGCAGUGAACAUGGGGCUUACCUUUCAUCUCUCUCUCGCCUCUGCCUGAGACACGCCUCCGUCCAGCGCAACGUCAUGGAGACAGAGAGAAAGGGUCCUCAGGGUCACAGACACAGUAUCACACACUUCCUGCAUCGGCGGUUAUCACGUGACUCAAGCAAGGGAGACAACCGUGUCAGUGUGCUGGCUAAUGGAGAGGUCCCAUCCAGAUCAAUGCUAGGGAAACGAAUGUCGACGCCGGCGUGUAUUGAAACCCACCAGCGGAAAGCUCUCCUGAACAUCUCCAGCACCUCCAUGCCACUGCCGGACAACAGCUACGACUACCUCAAUGACGAUGACACUGUAAGUCUCCCCGGCUCCACCGAGUCCAUCACAAAUGAGGACACCUCCACUCCCAACACUGGUCGGAAACCCAGUUCCAGUGGAGUCAUCAUGACCGAUAUCCUCCAUGGGGGGCACCAUCAUCCUCUCAGCCUUCGGAGGAGCUCAGACAUCGACUACAGUGACACUUCUGGCUUCGGGCAGCGUCGCAGCUCAGAUAUUCUGCAUGACCACAAUAUUAGCCCCCUUCCCACCAUGGAAGAGGAAGAAAAUGAAUCUGAUGUAAGUGACACGUGUUCAGUGGAGAAGCCUGUAGAUACGGAGGAGAGGUCUCCGCGGUCACUUGGAAGGGGAAGUGGUUCCGGUGUUGAACAAUGUGGUGCCACAGCCUCCAUGGAGGUCUCUGAUAAUGUGUUCGAAGAUGAAGAGGAGGAGGAAGAGGAAGAUAUUCCUUGCAUGAACAAUGGGUCAGUGAAGAAGAAUGGUCCUGUGAAGAAGGUUGAUGUCGCUGUUGGGUAUGGUGUAGGCUCCAGUCAGCUGAUGGAGCCGGAUGGUGAAGGCUCCAGUCAAGUGUUGGAGCCAUCCAAGAGCUCCACUGGAAUCGAGAUUAUUGUGCAUCAACUGGAUAUACCACAGAGAGAGGAAACUAACUUGUAGGGAUGAAAACAUGUUUGUCAAAACUGUCAAGAUGUCAGGUGAUAUGAUUGUUUUUUAUCAAACCUUUUGGUCAUUAAACUGCAGGACAGACUUUUAAUAAAGAAUAAUGUAAUGAAACCAUUUAUAUACUACAGGAUUACUAACUAGCUGCAAGGUUUUCUACAGAUUAUUAUCUCUGAAUGAUUUAGUGUUGUAAUGCUUGGUCUUUGUAAGAAAUCUGAACCAUGUUCUGAACCUGAUGUCAUGAACUUGAUGACAUCACAAUACUAUGACAUCACUGCACUGUAAGUAUAAUGGUAGAAUGUUCAGAGAUGUACAUUUUUCAUUGACAACUAAUGAAGAGUGAUUU